AUGAAUUAAAAACUUUGGAUCCAAAUUCCUAAUGAUAUAAAGUGGAAAAAUGAAAAGCCCAUCUUGAAAUCUGAAUUUAUUAAACUCAAAAAGAACAAACCUAGAGUCUUGUAUGGAUACGAUCACUACAUUCUUCUUGCAAAAGUAUUCCAGUUUUAUCCUAUUCUUAAGUCUCAUGAUCAGACACCUUGCAAAUAUCUGAAACUGGAUUUCGAGACAAAAUUUGAAAUCAUAAGAACACAAAUAUAACAAAAAGGAUGA